CGUACAUCAAUUCUACAGCGCCAGGCAAGCAAGCAAAUUCAUUUCGUCCAUGUCGCCGCUCUGACAUCUGUUGUUCUGUCUCUGUCAUUCUCUCUCCCAUCCUCAAUUUACUACUACUUACUAUUUCCCUUCCCUUCCCUUCCCUUCUUCCUUCACAUUGCUCUCAACUGUCAUACACCCCCCCCCCCAUCCAUCUCCCCAAAUGAAACUGACCACUUCUGCUCCGCAAUCCGCAUUUUCCAAUUUCAAUUAAUCUGCUGCCCUGCCCCGCACUGCACAUCCCUCCGAUCUAACCUGCGUCACCGUCCCGCCUUCGCCUUCGCCUUCGCUGCCUAGGCCACCCAAUCCAUCCCCCGCCCCCCCCCCCCCCCCCCCCUCAAAAAAAAAAGAAAAAGGAAAUGCCCAUAUCCAGAUUUGAGAUUAAGAACAUGUAUAGUUUAGCCGAUUCAGACCUCUACUGUGCUUCUGAUAAGGAUGAUCCGGAGGCUUUGCUUGAAGGAGUGGCCAUGGCUGGUCUAGUCGGACUUCUGCGGCAGCUCGGUGACCUCGCCGAGUUUGCUGCUGAGAUAUUUCAUAAUCUACAUGAAGAAGUGAUUGUAACAGCUGCCAGAGGACAUAAUUUAAUGAUUCGAAUUCAACAACUUGAGGCUGAGGUUCCUUCCAUAGAGAGAUCAUUUCUCUCCCAGACAGAUCACUCAUCAUGCUUUUAUGAUGCUGGUGUUGAUUGGCAUCCUAAUCUACAAAUAGAUGUGAAUCUAGUCACGCAUGGAGAUUUACCUCGUUUUAUAAUGGAUUCCUAUGAAGAAUGCAGGGCCCCUCCUCGUCUAUUCAUGCUGGACAAGUUUGAUGUUGCUGGGACUGGAUCAUGUCUAAAACGUUACUCAGAUCCUUCAUUUUUUAAAGAAGAAACAACAAACACUGCAACUGCAGAUGUCCAGAGGGAAAAGAAGAUUCUCAAAUUGAAGAGAAAAGGCCACCAUGGAAGAAACGGGGAAACCGCAGAAAUUGCACAAACUUCACAUGCCAAACUCCAUCAGCUUUUUCUGGAGGAGCGCACUGAAAAUGGUGUGAACAGCUAUUCAGGUCGUGUGAAAUUAAAGAGAAGGCUGAACGGAUUUCCAUUUGACUCAAACAUUGGAAAAAGCUACAUGGAGAAUAUUCUUAAGUCUCCUUCCUCACAUCAGAAAGUGCUUCAUGAAGUUGAUGUAAAUUCACUGUCUUCCCUGAUGCCAGCGAGUAUUCAUGAAAAUGAAUUUGGCCUUGAAGCGCUUGAAGUCAGACCAGUGAGCCCUGACAGAGGACAUGUGGGAAGAGAAAGACGUAUAAUUCUAUCUGCAGAAAGAAAAGAUAAUUUCCCUAGUCCUUCCUCUUAUGAACCCAGUGAGGUUACGACAGAUGAUCAGACUGGCAUGAUACCGAAUCAUAAUUUUGCAAAAGGUGGCACUUCGUCUACACUUGAUAAGGUGACCACUGAAAAAGUUAUAGCUGUGAAUUCAGAAAACAACUCAGAAGGUUGCCUCACUGGUUUUGAAUCCAAUGCUAUUGCCAGUGAGGUUGAAAAUUUUGUGGAUGCAACUUCAAUAAUGGAAACUGAAGUGGACACAGAAGACGAAUCAGAAAUGAAGAAUGAUUCAACUGCUCAACAUACUCAGUCACUGAUGUCUGAUGCAAAUGAUGAACAUAGUCCCACUUGGAUGUUGGAUUGUCAAUCCAGUAGAGGCUCUAUAAUAUCCGACGAGGGGAACAACUCCUCCAGUAAAGAAAUUUAUGGUUGCUCUUCAUCCGAAUCUGCAAGCACAUCAGUAGAAAAUCCACAAUCAGAAAAAUCUACCAACAGAAGACUGCCUGCAGAUACCCCUGAAAUUGAGACAGUUGCUUCAUCUUCCCCCCUAAAUUAUUUUGAUCAAUGUUUCUCUGCGGAUCAGCAUUCCCAAACUGAGGUUUGUGAUGAUGCAAGUAUUUCCACUGAUGCAACCAAUCGCUGUACUUCUGACUUUGAGCAGCUGACUAGGCUAUGCAAAGAUGACUCCUUACCUACGUCGAUGCAUUCUGAAUUGAAUGAUUCUGUCACAGAAAAUAAGUUAAAGCGACCUGAGUAUGAUGAAACAUCCUCCACCUUUGACGAUGAUGAAAAGAUGAAAAUUUUAGAGAUGGAUCAGCCAUGUUAUUCAGUUGUUUCUGAUUUUGAAUUGCAUUCCGGAGGCAAUUCAGAAAUUCCUUCUGCUGGACAAUUUCUUGUGAAUGAAGUGAAGGGUGAAAUGGUUCUCUCCUCAUCUUCUGUCCCUGAGGUUAGCUAUCACAUCACAGAUAGUUCUGCUACAUCUUUCAAUAUACACCUUGAGGAUGAGACCUACCCGAGGGGUCAGAAUCUGGUUGAGAACUCAACAUCCUCAUUAAAUGUAUUUAAUGUUAUUUACCAGAGCAGAAAUGAUACUCCACAAAUGAAGCCUAGCACAAACCCUAUUCCAGUUGAAUCAGAUGAAGUUCCAAAGUUUCUUGAAAACUUGUCCUCUGAUUAUCCUGACAUUGCGUACAGCAAAGAUGUUAUUGAGUCAGUUGUUCCCCAAGAAGAAAAUCCUAGCGAAUUGAAUAAUGAGGACUUAAAUGGUUCUAUUGAUGCUUCAAAGUGUUCUUCUGUUAUGAUGGGGGCUUCUUUUAGCCGGGAGCUCAAUGAAACAUUAUCUGCAAAUGAUCAAACAGUAGAUGCUGAAGAGAAGAACCGCUCUAAUAGCUCAACUGAUAAUCUUUAUAACUCAGAAAAUUUGAUGCUAUUGCACUUGGUGAAUUCUCCUGAUCGGCCACAGGCAGACCUUGAUGCUGAUGAAGAGGCUGUUAUUCCUGAACAAGACAUAGUGGGAACUGGAACCUUUACACUUGGAUCCCUGGCAUCUUGUGAAGUUGUGCAGUUGCAGGCUACAGGAAUGACAGAUUUUGUUUUCGCCAAUGAUUCAGAAGCCCUGGGAAGAUCAUUUUAUGCUACUAAAAAUCUUGAGAAGCCUUCAGGAGCAUCAGAUAGCAUAGAAAUGGAUGGAAUAGCUCUUGUGACAAGUCCCACUGCUCAAGAAGUUACUGAAGUAUCUGAUUCCACUGUUGUGAAAACACCAACUUUGGCUGAUAUAAUGUUGGAAGAGCCUGAUUCAAAGGGGGAAAUUUUAAAUAUAGAUAUGGGGGAUACUAAAUUUACUGUUUCUGAUAAUACAAUACUAGAUAAUACCCUUAUUAAUGUGAAUUUUAAGGAAGAGGUUUGUUGCUCGGAGGAAUCUAGACUGGAUGAACUUGAGAGUGAUAGGAACUGUGUUUCAGGAAGUCUUGGGAAAUCAGGCACCGUGGAGGAAGUUGGUCCAGCAGACGAUGGCAUCACAGAUUCUGAAGCAUUCUUGUGCAACAGAUUGUAUUCUGAUCAUCCAAAACUAGAAAAAUCAGAUAUUGUUCCUAGUUCACUUCAUUAUUUGGAAGCUGAAAACGAAUUGAAAUAUGCUGAAGCUGACACAAUUCAGCCACUUUUGGAGCAAAGUGUCUUGGGCACAAAGCAUGAAUUUUUCCGUCAAUGUUGUAGUCUUGGGAAUGAAGUCCCUGAUGCUAUGUUCUUACCCCUCAGUUAUGGCACUGAAGAAUUCACAACCCAGGAAAGAAUUGGACCAUCCAUUGAACUGGAUCAAGAGUCAUCAGAUCCUGGUCACGUCAGUUCAGCGUUAUCAUCUUUGUGGCCCAUGAGUCACCAGAAAAUGCUAGCUCAUGAUAAUAGUGAAGGUAACAACAGUUCUGCUAUCACGUUUCAUGUUGAUCAUUCAAAUCUACCUUCAGUUUCAGAGCUUCAAAGGCAAAGUAACUAUGACGAUGGUGUCUCUGGCUACACGAAGGAUCCAUUGGGUUCUAUUUCCCCUCAAAAUAAUCCUUUUUCUAAACCAAUUCAGAUGAACCUGGUAGAAUUACCUCCAUUGCCACCCCUUCCUCCAGUUCAAUGGAGAAUGGGAAUGUUUCUGCAGAACUCAACUUCUACAAGGGGAGAGGUGAUGCAAUGUCAGGAAAUACCACCUCAAUCAAUUUUCCAGCCCCUUCCGCAGACGGCUCCUUCCACCAAGGAUGUUAGUUUUUCUUCUGCCACGUUGACACCAACCACUGAUUAUGUUAAUCUGUCACCUGAAGAGAUGACACAGUGUCCAUUUCAAACUACUCCCAAGCUUGAAUUGAAAGAAAAAGAAGCAAAAAAUAGUUGCUCUACCCUGGAAUUUAAAAAUAUGAGUGAGACUAUAGAUGUUGUACCAAAAAUGGAAGGCAAGCAACAGCCAGUGACAGAAUCAUGUCUUGAAGAGGCAACACAUUUUCCAAAUCAAAGUGCUCCCAAACAUGUAUCAAUUAAAGAAGAAGAGGCAAACAGUAGUUUCUCUGUGAUAGAUGCUGUAUCAAAUAUAGAAGACAAGAAGCAACAGUCUUUGGUAAUGACAGUGAAUAGGGAAUUUACAGCACCACAAGAGGAUGGGCAUUCACAUGGGGGUCGUAUGGUGAAACUGCCUCGUUCUCGCAAUCCUCUGGUCGAAGAUAUUGUUGCUCUUGAUAGGAGCAAACUGAGGAAAGUUACAGAGAGUGAGAGGCCGUGGGUGCAGAAGGGUAAUGAAAGAGAUGCUUUCUUAGAGCAAAUAAGGGACAAGUCUUUCAAGCUGAAGCCUGCUGCAAUGGCAUCAAGAGCCAGCAGCAGCAUUCAACAACGUAAAACCAAUCUUAGAGUUGCUGCGAUUUUGGAAAAAGCAAAUGCAAUGCGACAGGCCAUAGCUGACAGCAGCGAUGAUGAUGAUGAUGAUGAUGCUUGUUGGGAGUGAUUGAUUAUUGACAAGGAAGCUAUUGAUGGGCAAUUGGAUGGGCACUGUACGUAGAAACUCCUGCGCUGCGUGGGCAGGCAAGGCAACAACGGAUCUACCUUACCUUGCCUUACCUAUUAAUUUGUCUACAACUAGAAGAUGAUUUUCUUGGCAUGGCCUGGGACAGACGGACGGAAUGCCAGUUCAGGUAUUGCUUUAAUUCCAGUUGAGGUCAUCAAUAUUAUAUUAUAUUAUAUUAAUAUUAGAUGAAGCAAAUGUUGCACGCGUGAUAUACUUACUACCUAGCUACGAGCGUGUAAAUCUCAGUAUAUAUAUAUAUAUAUAUAUAUUAUUGUUGGUUAGUUGCUACUGUACAUUCGUGUUCGUCUUUCCGUCUCCAACCGACCUUUGGAAGUUUUGUGACGAUCAACGGCACAUGUAAGACUCACACACCGAUCGUCUAUCUGACGCACAUCCGGCCUUAUGCAGGGGCUGUCAGAUUUUGAUUUUGCCACUAUUUUAUCUCAUUGCUCUCUCUAUUCUGUUUUAUUUUGAAAUUUUAUUUGUUCGCAUUUGUUAAACUUGACUUAUUUAUUUUUUUAAUUUGAAGAUUUACUUAUUGCUUUGA